UUAAAGUGGGACCGUGGCAGGCAUUCUGAAACUGGGGGGAACUGACUUGAUAUCACUGACAUCCCCAGUGACACCAAUACAGUGAUCAGUGCUAAAAAAAAAAAAAAAACAGACACUGUACCAAUGGCACUGGGCAGGAAGGGGUUAACAUGAGGGGCGAUCAAAGGGUUAACUGUGUGCAGGGAGUGUUUUACUGGGGAGGAGGGCUUCACUGUAAGCACACUGCUCUGGAUGGCUGUGCACAGCCAUCCAGAGCAGUAUGCCCAAUCCGACAGGGAGGGGGACUGUAGGGUAGGUACGGUAGGGGGGCUGCCCGGAAAUGCAAAAUC